AUGCGUCCCCAGCUACCUCAGCCGCCGAGCUCCGGCCGCGCCCUCCUCCAUCCGCCCUCGUUCCACCCCGGCUUGGGCCCAAGUUCCCCGGAGAGUGGGUGGCACGGGCGCCUGCACCGGGAGGACCGCGGCCGCCGGGCCGCUCCGUCGGCUCUCUGCACCGGCUCCCUGGCGAACUCCCAGGCGCUCCCCGGAUGUCGGGAGCCGUGGGGAGAAUUGCGAAGCGGCCACAGCCCUGGGACAGUGUCUGCCUCGGCCCCUUGGCUGCUGGGUCCGCGGAAGGACGUGCGAGCCUCCUUUCUGAGCCUGGUCCUAGUGGGCCCCCGCGCAGAGGCGGAUGUCCUUGCGCACAAAACCGAGACGGUGGCGAAACCCAAACUAGGUAUUUCUGGGAAAAGCCAGCUUCUGUAUGCACUGGUCUUCACAACUCGUUACCUGGAUCUUUUUACUUCAUUUGUUUCGUUAUAUAAUACAUUUAUGAAGCUUAUCUACGUUGCCUGCUCCUAUGCCACAGUGUACCUGAUCUACAUGAAAUUUAAGGCAACCUACGAUGGAAAUCAUGAUACCUUCCGAGUGGAGUUUCUGGUGGUCCCUGUGGGAGGCCUUUCAUUUCUAGUCAAUCAUGAUUUCUCUCCUCUUGAGAUUUUAUGGACCUUCUCCAUCUACCUUGAAUCAGUGGCUAUCCUUCCACAGCUCUUUAUGAUCAGUAAGACUGGGGAGGCCGAGACCAUCACCACCCACUACCUGUUCUUCCUGGGCAUCUAUCGUGCUUUGUAUCUUAUCAACUGGAUCUGGCGCUUCUACUUUGAGGGGUUCUUUGACCUCAUUGCUGUGGUGGCCGGCGUAGUCCAGACCAUUCUAUACUGUGACUUCUUCUACUUGUACAUUACAAAAGUACUCAAGGGAAAGAAGCUCAGUUUGCCAGCCUAAGUGCCAAAGACCAUCACCAGCAUCUGUCCUUCAGGGUGCUCGGACAGAAUUCUUACCACAGCAAAGGCAUAAGAUGCUUGAUAUGGAAAAUCAGAAACUUUACUCUUUUGUUGCAGAUAGUCAUCAGUGGCUCUGUAAGAACACAGAGGAAAAGAACCAGAAGGUUUCUGUUUAAUGCAUCUUGCCUUAUCUUUUUUUAUUACUAUGUACAAAGAUUUUUUUACACAAAGAAACUUAAUGCUGUAUUAAUAAAUUCAGUGUGUAGCUUCAAUUGGAAUAGUUCCAAAAGUGAAGAUUUUGUGAGGAAUAUGUGCAAACUUUUUUUUUAUUUUAAAAAUUCUUUGACAUUGUUGAGUCUUUGUAUCUGCAAUGAAAUUGUACUCCUUGACAGUUGGUACAUUAUAUAUUCUUCCAUCUUUCAAACUUGCAUUCCACUAUAUUUAUUUUUUGCCAAAAGACGAGUUAUAUUCGUUUGAAAUCUGAGACACUAUGUUCAAUUGAGUGUAUCUGUUCAAAUUUAUUCCUACCUGACAUGGAAAUCCUUUCUUGGACAUUAUAACACUACAUUUAAGGUUGGUAACAAUGACUUGCAAGUAUUAUAGUUUUCAUUAACAAACUGUUAAGAUUCUGAAUGUUGAUGGAGUCUCAUUUACGAGUCACCAAAGGUGCCUGCUCCCCUGCCCUGCUGAGAUGUGUCAGUGUGAGACUGUCCCGAGGGUGUGGAAGAAUUCUAUGGGCAGGGUUCUGGCUGCUUGUCCUCUGAGUGUGGGAUGGGAGGGACAUUGAUGAUUAUUUUGGAUAUAGGAUUCUGCUCUUCUGAGGAAUGGAACACAAGUAGUUACCUAUCAUGUUCAUUUACAGUUCCAAAAGAUUACUACAACCAUGUCCAUGCUCAGAUUCAAAUGGUUUUUCAUGUCACUUUUGGGUGGUAAAAUGAUUUAGAAUUUUUUAGAAUUUGGCAGUACCAAUUACCAUUCCUUAUAUUCUUCUUCUUUUUUUUACUGAGCUCUUGCAUGAUUUAUCUUGUGUUACUAUCCUAACACAUAGGCUAAAUUGUCUUUUUUUAUGAAUUAGGCUUUUAGAACAUCCUAUUUGGAAUUUUUUUGUUUUAAAUUGGCAACAAACGCUCUGUAGGGCUGCAAACAUUUAAAGCCCACUGUAAAACUUUCUACAUUUUAUGGAAAUACUAGAAUUUUUUUCUCCUGGUUUUGCCAUUAUAUUGAUUUGCUACAUUUUUUUUAUUAAUGCAAUUGUAUAUGACUGUUUUUAUGUGAUGCACCAUAAAUAUUAAAGUGUUGAAUACUAACAGUGCUUACUACAAGAAAUAUGUGUAGUAUUUUUGGUUUCUGCAUUAGAACGUCUUAUGAAGGAAGGGAGUAGGAUGGGUUUUAUGUUCAUCUAGCGUGUCUUGACACCUUUCUAAAUCGGCAGUGUCACGGCAUAGUUUAACCUCCCAUAUUUGUCGCCCUCGUUUCACUUUCCCCUCCUUCUCGUGUUCUUGCUUUUGUCUGUCAGAGCAUCUUUCUUUCCAGCAUCCUAGUCUUGGUUUAGUUUUGAUGGUUUGUUUUAAUCCUCCUUGGAAGGUUCUGCGAAUGUGCAGGAUGGGUGGGAAAUCCAGCCACAGUAAGUCAAGCAGCCUGCUUGCUGCCCAGACUGGGGGUGGGGUGGGGGCUCACACUUGUCUUGUGCGUGUAAAUCAGACACAAGCUGGGCCAUUCAUGGGAGAGCACAAUGCACAGAACAAGGAUCGGCACCUCAGCAUACCAAUGCCUUCUGUAGUCGUUCUGCCCAAGUAAAAAUAAAAUUGUCUAAGUUGUUGCCACCAUUUUGUGGUCACCCAGGAUGACAUUUUAGCAAGGGUGCCUGAGUUGGAGUGUGGGACUGGGCCUCGAUCACUCACAUGGAAAACAAAGGCCUGUGUGCCAAGCCUUAGGAAGUACUGUGUCAUAGUCAUUCGCUUCCUGAAUAAAGGUUAUCGGGUAAUUAA